UUAGUUCACAUAAAAUUAUGUUUAUCCGAUCUUCCAAAAAGAAAAAAAAACUUUUUUCGUUUGUUCAAUUUUUCGAAUUUUGGCGGUUUUCGCCUCGUGGCCUCGUCCAUCGGCGGGAGGUUCGCCAUCCUCGGUCGUGUUAUCGAGGCUUGGGAGCCGUGUCGCCGUGCGAGGUCUGCGUCUUUGUUGUUUCUCGGCCCCCCUGGGACACGGUGACGGACCGACGACCCAUUCACGUGAAAAGCCGAGUUUCGACCCCAUAUUUCCGGCCAAGGAUAGACGACGGAACGGACGGCCGAGACCGGACCCCGCUCAUGUUUUCACUGGCCACUUAGUUUUUCAGUUGUUAUGGAGAGUUGGGAGAGAAGUAAAAACGCAUGGGAAGGGGAGGACGAGGAGAAAUCCGUUAAGGACAGCUGGGACCAGGACUCAGACGAAGAAGGCGAGAAGGAGAAGGAGAAAAAACAGCCUCAGCAGCCUUCGCAGGGCUCCAAGAAAUCUCUAAAGAAAAUAUGCAAGCGUUUUGAGGAGAAAGAGAGGCUGAAGGAGGAGGAGGCGAAGGCGAGACGAGAACGACUGAAAGCAGAGCUCGCUGCAGCGCCGGCUAACUCGACAGCAGAAAAGCUUCGCAGGCGGCGUCUCCAAGAAGCCGCUGACCUCGCCAUCGCUAAGGAGGUAUACGGCAUACCGGACCAGACCCCGAAACCGGCCGCCGUCCGGCCUUCGUCCUAAUUCUUUCUUCGACAAAGAAACGAGUAAAACCAAAAAUAAAUAACGACCCAUCUGUUCGUUCGCUCUAAAACUAAAAAC